CUUGCUGCCUCGCGUGAAACAUGCCUGUGUUUAGCAGCCCUCAUGAUAUCCGCCUGAAGUGGGUUCGUCUGAUGAAGACUAACCCUCAGCGUGUUAUAGACAUCUUUGACCUGCCGCAUCCCCGAGCAGAAGGUAUCCAGAAUAGAUGGGGUGAUACAUGCAUGGACAUUCCAUCAUGUGCUCGUGCACUGGAAGAUUUACUGAGAGACUCUGAUUGCCCUCCAUUGGUUUGGGAUAAACUGGUCCGUGCUGGGAUCAUCGAUAGAUUGUGCGAAUGUGUUGCAGGACUUCGCGAAACACUCAACUACUUGUUUCCUGUUGGGGAGUCAAUUAUUGACGUGUUUAAUACACCGUACUAUUGCUCGUUCAAAUUAUUGUUGGAAGUAACGAACCGGUCCAGGUUUCGAUCGCCGUUGACUCCGACUGACUUGACCGUCAUCGCGACUCUUCGCAGAUACUGGCCGAGCAUGAUGCGACGCAUAUGGCAUGAUCCCCAAUAUACCCUUGAUCCACGACAGAGUGAGGCCACCAGCCGCGGGAUCGUUCAGCUCGUAGCGGUCCAAGUGGGGAUCACAGAUCCGUCAUUUUGUGAGAUGAUGCGCUCUGAAGAAGACCUUACUCUUUGCGUGUCUGUGCGGUACUGGAUGUCUUCGAUGGAAGGCUUCGACUUCAUGUUGUUGCGGCACCUCACAACCUCGAUUUAUCCCCAGGAUGUCCGCAAUUUUGAUGAAGCCAACGCCGAGGGGUUUCGUGUACUCUUUCGUGCCGUCAAAAAAGGGGCAGGGUCGUUUCGCAAGUUCCUUUCUAAACUGGAAUCUGCGUUCGCGCAGUUCCAAGGAGGGGAGGCUAGAGAGGCCGUUCAACUUUUGCAUGUGUAUCUCAUCUACGCCAUCUACCACACCCCUUGUCCAGCUGAUAAUGAUGCAACAGAACCAAGCUUUCUACAUACAGUGACUACAUCAGUCACCCUAUGGAGAAAGUUGUUCCUCCUUCUCAAUAGGGCGGCACACGAUCGUAGAGUUUGGGGCCCAGGCGAAGCUGGGACAGUUUAUGAAGGAGUCUUAGAGCUUCUCGGGAUUUCUCUAAGCAAGGUCAUGACCCACCAUUCGGCUGAGGCACAGGGCUUUAUCAGUGCUCUCACCCGAGCAGGCCUGUUUGACGCCUUGGAUGUGGCUCUGCCUAUAUUCGCAAGCACUCACAAGGCGAUCACUAUCCAUUGUAUACCACUGUUGAUGGCUUCCAUCAGAGAAGAACUAUCAGCUCGCCCCGCCAUUCUUCAUGGCAUCCGGAAACAGCUCCCCCGGCCGCGUUCCGUACGAGCUCUUCUUGAUUCUGUGCCCUCUGGCGAGAAUAAAGUUCCAAUUCCUCGGAUAUUCUCUCCACCAGAGAUAUAUAAUCAUAUCGAAAGGGGGGAGACGAUGCACAUUCGCCCCUGGUACGAAUGGUUUCUUGUGGAAUACAACUGUUCGGUUGAGAAGCAAUGCAUGCGCCGAGGUUGUACGGAACGUAGGAGAGCAAGGUGCAAGGCUUGUAUGUCACAGGAGUAUUGCGGGAGUAACUGCCAGAACUUGGACUGGUCCGAGCACCGCCUCCUCUGCGGCUACAAACUCGAUAUCAUCGAGGGAAACAUGGUGACCCUACGAAUGCCGUUCAGAUUCUCUACCGACGCUUCCUAG